AUGAACCAGUCCCGAUGGAUUGAAUGGAGGACUCUGAAUCUGAGCAGUAGUGUUAUGAACAUAUCUGAGCAUCUCUCCUGCCCUCUUGGAUUUGGUCACUACAAUGCAGUUGACAUCUGUAUCCUUGAGACGGUUGUUAUUAUCUUGCUAACUUUUUUAAUUAUUGCGGGUAACUUAACUGUGAUAUUUGUUUUCCACUGUGCUCCACUUCUGCACCAUUAUACAACCAGCUAUUUUAUCCAGACCAUGGCCUACGCUGAUCUUCUUGUUGGAGUUAGCUGCUUGGUUCCUACCUUGUCACUGCUUCACUAUUCAACAGGUGUCCAUGAGUCCUUGACCUGUCAAGUUUUCGGAUAUAUCAUCUCUGUGCUAAAAAGCGUGUCUAUGGCGUGUCUUGCUUGCAUCAGUGUGGAUCGCUAUCUCGCUAUAACAAAGCCUCUCUCCUAUAACCAACUGGUCACACCUUGUCGCUUGAGAAUCUGCAUCGUUUUGAUCUGGAUAUACUCUUGUCUAAUCUUCUUGCCUUCCUUUUUUGGUUGGGGAAAACCUGGUUACCAUGGAGAUAUUUUUGAAUGGUGUGCUACCUCCUGGCUAACUAAUGCCUAUUUUACUGGCUUUAUUGUGUGCUUACUAUACGCUCCCGCUGCCUUUGUCAUUUGUUUCACAUAUUUCCACAUCUUUAAAAUCUGCCGGCAGCACACCAAAGAGAUCAAUGAUCGGAGAGCUCGAUUUCCUAGCCACGAAGUGGAUGCUGCUGGGGAGACUGGGCACAGCCCUGACCGCCGCUAUGCCAUGGUGUUGUUUCGGAUAACCAGCGUGUUCUACAUGCUGUGGCUCCCUUAUAUCAUAUACUUUCUGCUGGAGAGCUCUAGGGUGUUGGAAAACCCGGCACUUUCCUUCUUAACAACGUGGCUUGCUAUAAGCAAUAGUUUCUGCAACUGUGUGAUAUAUAGCCUCUCCAACAGUGUCUUCAGGCUGGGACUGCGGAGACUGUCAGAGACGAUAUGUUCAUCUUGUAUGUGUUUAAAAGACAGGGAUGUACGGGACCCUAAACCAAGGAAACGGGCUAAUUCCUGCUCCAUUUAAAGAGAACUGGUGUGUGUCAUCAAACACGGAGUUUUGAUAGUAUUUGCUGUAUCUGGGAACUUACCAGAAGAGGAAUGUUUACGUGAUUAGUGUGCUAUGCUGUUAGAGCUGAGUUUAAAAGUGCUUUUGGAAAAGAGAAAGGCUGCUCUAAGAGGGGUCACUGAACUUUGCAUAUAGCUCUUGUGCGAUUGUGGGGAGAGCCAUUCAACAGAGGUGACGAAGAAAGUCAGAACUAAAAUCUUCCAAAGGGCAUGUUAUUACCUACCACAUCAAAGGAGGUUCCUCGUAAAAUAAAUAAGUUAGUUACUACCUUAUAUUUUUGCCCUUGUAGAAAAGUUGUCUUACUAUCUUUGUGUCAGAAUAUACUGUAGCCUUCUGAAUUUAAAUAUAUUUAAGAGGCAACAAUCAACUACACAGUAAGUGGCUAUCUGUAAAUUAUAUUCCUGAGGACUUACAGUAGAUGUUGCAGAUUAAUAACCAGCUCUGUCUCUGCUCACAUCUUGUACAAUUUUCAGUUUUACAAACAGUCCGCAACGCAUAAAACCUACACCAGGCAUGAUGCUUUCGGAUAAAAUGGCACAUUCUGGUACAACUUUUACAGACCCUUGCCCUCGUUUUCCCUGUUAUUUAUUUAUUUAUUUAUUUGUUU